CCGGAAGCCGCGUCCCUGAGCCGGGGAGCGGCAGCCAUGGGUGCCCGGUGGUGCUGAGAGCAGUGGGGCAUGGCUGCAGUCCUGCAGGUUCUGCCCUACGUGGCCCGAGCCCCCUUUCGCCCGCUCCUCUCGGGGGGCCCAGUGGUCCGGCAGGCCAGUGGCAUGGCCCUGGCAGAGCAGGCUCAGCAGCUCUUCGAGAGCACUGUGGGUGCCAUGCUCCCAGGCCCCAUGCUGCACCGGGCACUGUCCUUGGAUCCCGGCAGCGGGCUGCUGAAGGUGCGGGACCGGAGCUUUCAACUGCGGCAAAACCUCCACCUGGUGGGCUUUGGCAAGGCUGUGCUGGGCAUGGCCGCUGCAGCUGAGGAGCUCCUGGGCCAGCAUCUCGUGCAAGGUGUGAUCAGCGUGCCCAAGGGGAUCCGAGCUGCCAUGGAGCAUGCUGGCAAGCAGGAGAUGCUGCUGAAGCCACACAGCCGUGUCCAGGUAUUUGAGGGUGCAGAGGACAACCUGCCAGACCGUGAUGCACUUCGGGCUGCACUGGCCAUCCGGCAGCUGGCUGAAGGUCUCACAGCUGACGAUCUGCUGCUUGUACUCAUCUCAGGUGGGGGCUCAGCCUUGCUGCCCGCGCCUAUUCCCCCCGUGACACUGGAGGAAAAGCAGACACUCACCAAGCUGCUGGCAGCCCGCGGGGCCAACAUCCAGGAGCUGAACACCAUCCGGAAGGCGCUGUCCCAGCUCAAGGGUGGGGGGCUGGCGCAGGCCGCCUACCCUGCCCAGGUGGUGAGCCUGAUUCUGUCAGAUGUGGUGGGGGACCCGGUGGAGGUGAUCGCCAGCGGCCCCACAGUGGCCAGCGUCCACAACGUGCAAGAUUGCCUGCACAUCCUCAAUCGCUACGGCCUUCGUGCAGCCCUGCCACGUUCCGUGAAGACUGUGCUGGCUCGGGCUGACUCUGACCCUCACGGGCCGCACACCUGUGGCCACGUGCUCAACGUGAUCAUCGGCUCCAACGCACUGGCACUGGCUGAGGCCCAGCAGCGGGCCGAGGCGCUGGGGUACCGGGCCGUGGUGCUGAGCGCAGCCAUACAGGGCGAUGUGAAAAGCGUGGCCCAGUUCUACGGGCUGCUCGCCCGAGUGGCUGGAGCCCACCUCACCCCGCCUGGGACUGCAGCCUCCGUGGAGCAGGAGGAACAACUCCACCAGCUGGCAGCUGAGCUCCAGCUCCCGGACCUGCAGCUAAAGGAGGCUCUGGAGACUGUGGUGGGGGCUGGGGGCCCCAUCUGCCUGCUGGCUGGUGGCGAGCCCACCGUGCAGUUGCAGGGCUCGGGAAAGGGUGGCCGGAACCAGGAACUGGCUCUGCGUGUUGGAGCAGAGCUGGGACGGUGGCCACCGGGACCCGUAGAUGUGCUGUUUUUGAGUGGUGGCACCGAUGGGCAGGAUGGGCCCACGGAGGCAGCCGGGGCGUGGGUUGUGCCUGAGCUUGCCAGCCAGGCUGCCGCUGAGGGCCUGGAUGUGGCCUCCUUCCUGUCCCGCAGUGACUCACAUACGUUCUUCCGCUGCUUCCGCGGCGGGGUGCACCUGCUGCACACGGGGCUGACUGGCACCAACGUCAUGGACGCUCACCUCCUGUUGCUGCGGCCGCGGUGAUGGCAUAGGUCAUGUUGCAGGAGUACAGAGGAGACCUACGGGGUAGCAGCCUGGGGCAGACCAGGGUUGGUCCCCAAGGCCUCAGCAGGCCUGAGGGCCCCUUCUCUCCUUGGUGCUGGCUGCCUGGGUGACCCUGACAGAGCAGACCCUGACUGCUCUGUGUUCGUUCCGCCAGCCAGACUGGCAGAUGGGGGCUCUCUCCUCUCCCCCCUUUCUACCAUGACAGCAGCUAACCCUGAGGUCUGGGAUGAGCCCCUUGGCCCGUUUGCUAUUCUUGGUCUUCCCCCACAGCGGGCAGCCCCUCUGCCAAGCUCUUGAGUGUCUUUUCUGUGGGGUGAAGCGAGAAGGACUGCAAAUAAAAAGAACC